CCAGCAGUGAGUGAGAAGGCAAAACGUUAAAACAGGGGAGCCGACAUACAAACGUUGAUGUUUCCGAAGCUCUCCUAUGCAGUGACGUACAUUUCGAUUUAAUCUUCGCUUUCACCAUUAUAACUCAAAGCUCAAGCAACCCUUUCUUCCCCCAGCUCUCAACAAUGGAUCCAUGUCCAUUUGUUCGUUUAAUCAUUGAAUCUCUUGCUCUCAAACUCCCUUUGGCCACCAAACCAGCUGGUUCCGGCGUCCACCCAUCAACUACGCCUUGUUUCUGCAAACUACGCAUCAAGAACUUUGCUUCACAAACUGCUCUCCUCCCUCUCUGUUCUUCUGCUAAUGACUCUCCCCCUGAAACCUCCACCUCCGCCACCGGCUUCCAUCUCGAUGCUACUGCUAUUCGCCGGCUCUCUGGUAAGCCUAUCACACUCCGUGUGGAAGUGUACACUGGCCGGAUGGGACACACCUGUGGGGUCAACGGCGGGAAGUUACUGGGUCAAGUUCAGGUUAGUGUGGAUUUGGAGAAUGUCCAGUCCAGCCCAAGAGUGUUUCAAAAUGGAUGGUUAAAGUUGGGGAACCAGCCAGAUAAACCAGCGGCUCGACUCCAUCUAGUGGUCCGGGUUGAACCAGACCCUCGGUUUGUUUUUCAGUUUGGUGGCGAACCUGAGUGUAGCCCAGUGGUUUUUCAGACACAAGGGAAUAUACUCCAGCCUGUUUUCAGUUGCAAGUUCAGUGCCGACCGGAACUCAAGAUCCCGAUCUCUUCCGUCAGAUUUCACCGUCAAUAGCAACAGAGGAUGGAGGAGAACCUUUUCCGGCGAGAAAGAACAAGCAGGAAGGGAGCGAAAAGGAUGGAUGGUUAUGAUAUACGACCUCUCUGGUUCACCAGUAGCUGCUGCGUCCAUGAUCACACCAUUUGUUCCAUCUCCGGGCACAGAUCGUGUUUCUCGAUCAAACCCAGGUGCAUGGCUAAUCCUCCGCCCUCAUGGCAUCUCUGUCAGCAGCUGGAAACCAUGGGGCCGCUUAGAGGCGUGGAGAGAGAGAGGUCCUAUAGAUGGACUCGGUUACAAAUUUGAGCUGGUAACUGAUAAUGGUGGCCCAAGCAGAGGCAUCCCCAUUGCUGAAUCUACAAUAAGUUUGAAAAAAGGUGGCCAGUUUUGCAUUGAUAGUAGGUUAAUAAAGGAUUCUGCAUUGAAUUCAAGAUCACCCGUCAAGGGUUUCGUGAUGUGUUCGACGGUGGAAGGCGAAGGAAAGAUCAGCAAACCAGUGGUGCAAGUUGGAGUACAGCAUGUGACGUGCAUGGCUGAUGCAGCGUUGUUUAUAGCUCUUUCAGCUGCUAUUGAUCUGAGCAUGGACGCUUGCCGCCUCUUCUCCCACAAGCUCAGGAAGGAGCUUUGCCAUGACGUGCAUGAUUCGUUGUCUUAAGAGCUUAUAAUUUAUGCAUGCAGUGAGAACCAAUUAGUUUUUAGGGCACAAACUGUUGGUUUGAGCAGUGGAAAGUCGUUUAAUUUUGAUUUUUUUUUUUAUUUUAAUUAAUUAAUUUAUUUUUUAAAGUUUGCUAUAUAUUAUUUCAUUUCAUUUUAUCUUGGAAGGAGAGUGGGAUCUCAUGUGACGUGGGUUUUUGGAAGUAGGUAAUUUAUUGUCGGUUUUGGUUUUCUUUUUUUUUUUUUUCAGUCUGAAACUGUACAGAGACUAAAGAAAAAGGCAAUUGUUUUCUUUGUUCUCA